AUGAAGAUUCUCAGCAAGGAAGAAGAGGCCGCGCACUACAAGGUCGUCGUCAACAGCGGCCUCAUCGGCGGCGGCGCCGGUCUGGCCAUUGGCCUCGGCGGCGUCGUUCUCGCGUCGCGCCGCUACCCUGCCUUUCGCGGCCUGACGCUCCCCUUCCGCUCCUUCCUCGUCACCUCGUCAGCCACCUUUUGCGCCAUCGUCAACGCCGACCGGCGCUCGACGCAGUUCCAGCGCUCGCAGGACCCCAUGUGGGGGUACCAGGACAAGAGCCAGCGCGCCGCCCAGCUGGCCCGCGACAACGAGACCACCUACCAGCGCUUCAUGGCCUGGGGUAAGGAGAACCGCUACAGCAUCGUCUUCACCAGCUGGCUGGCCUCGAUGGCCGUCGCCCUCGCCCUCGUCGGCCGCGCCCCCGUUAGCACAGCCCAGAAGCUCGUCCAGGCCCGUGUCUACGCCCAGGGCCUGACCCUCGCCGUCCUCAUCGUCUCGGCCGCCUUUGAGGUCAACGACGCCAAGUCGGGCAGCGGUCGCUGGGAGACGGUCCUGGUCCUCGACCCCAACGACCCGGAGCACAAGCACCUCAUCGAGAAGCGCGUCCACAAGGAGGAGUACGAGGGCCAGGACCUCUGGAUGGACAUGGUCGAGGCCGAGGAGAAGCGCAUUGCUGAGCGCAAGGCCAAUCAAGCUUCCAAAAAGAACGACAGCAAGCCCGCUGAGGAGACUUUGGAAAAGUCUGAAAAGGCUGAGCAGUCCGAAAAGACCGACGUCAAGGCGUAA